CAAAGGAUGGGGGGAGGCGGGGCUAUGGGCUGUUAGAGGCUGCUUCAUCCAGGAGAAGGGGGACACCGAGAGGGAGAAGAAAGGAGGGCAGGUCAGAAGGCGGAGACACCCGGGCAGGAGAGGAGGAGAGGCCGGGACCUCCAGGGGCUCAGCCGGGGGCGGGAGGGGGACAGCGGUCAUACUGCAGCGGUACAGCACGGAGAGCUAUGGCUCCCUGAUCAUGGAGAAGACCGCGGAGGAUGACUGCGAGGACUCGGGAGCCGAGACCGGGGGGUCAGACUACAGCCGCAUGUCCUCUACAAGUAGUGAGCUCUCUGUAGAUGAUGUCCAAGACCCAUUUCUAGUCAGCAUCCAUAUUAUUGCAGACCCUGGUGAAUCCCGAUGCCUCCAAGGAGCUAUCGACAAAGUCCUAUCAUGGAUCCACCCUGAUCUCCAGUUGUUCCGUGUCUCUGAAAGAAGGACUUCAAAGAAGAAGAAGCCGAAGCAGAGCUUUACCUCUCAGCCUGCUCUUGCCAUAAUUCUGUUUUUGCAAGAGGAAUAUGGGGAAGAUCAGAUCAUACAUGUUCAUGAAUGCUUCCAAAAACCACCUUGGCAGUUCCAUCACACGGAGCGGGUACAUGGUAAAUUCCUCCCCUACAUGCCGUGUAAUCAAGACUUUUUCACUUUGGCCAAUGGAACCCCUCUAUGGGCCGUCAGGCAGGUGCAUUAUGGGAAGGAGAUUAUCCGCUUUACUAUAUAUUGCAGUUAUGAGAACUUUUCAGACAUGAUGAAAAUGUAUGAACUCAUACUGAAAAAAUCUGUGUGGAAGAAAAAAGCUGAUUUUUGUGUGUUUCCAAUUUACUCCAAUAUGGAUAUCAAUAUAGAAUUUUCUUUAAAAAGGCUUCUUAAGGGCCAAACUCAUGUGCCCCUGGAAUCCUCCUUACUGGAGUUUAGAGUAAAGGACUUUGGACAGCUGGUGCCUCUCUUGCCCAACCAGUGUAGCCCGAUCAGUGAAGGCAGAUGGCAGACCGAAGAUCAUGAUGGCAAUAAAAUAUUACUGCAGGUCCAUCGCUUGACCAGAAAAUCAAUUUGGAAACAUCAAAAGUAUUUAUCCAGGAAUUCCGCUGGGACAACACCAUAUAUAAGCAUGGUUCACCACACUUAUAAAGACAAAAACUUGACGCACCUGAGAAACAGAAAAGCUCCAGGACUUGGAAUAUCUGACCAAAACCUUCCUAAGAACCCAGUAGACAUUACCCAAAGUUCAAAGAGUGUCCCAGAGUGGUUUCAGAGAAGCAAGUCCUUGGUAUGCCUACCAACACUGAACUCCUUCCCAUCAUGUGAGUCCUUCCCUUUCAGUGAGCCCCCUCAUUUAUAUCAGCGUGACCCUCAUUCAUCUGUAUGGAGGAGCAGCCCAAGGAUUAACAUUGAUGACCUGGAGGGGGUGCAAGAGACUGAUGUGGACACGGGAAUGAAGCUUUCAAGCUCUGACCUCUCUGUUGUGUCAGCCUAUUCACCCCUAGACGGACUCUCUAGUGACUUAGAAGCUUCCCUGCCUUCACCUGGAGAACCUCAUCCUGAGAAAUCGUCUUCCAGGAAUAAGCUCUGUGAGCUUUCAUAUCAGUCAUUCCAUUCUGUUUCUGAAAGAUCUUCCUGCUCUUUGGUAUCUCCUGGUGUUUCAGGUUGUAAUUCCAUUACAGAAUCCCAGAAGGACAUAGACGAGAUCACCAAGCAUGCAUCAGAUGCAGAGACCUUCGAAGAGGAAGAAUUCUAUAUCUGAUCAAUGGUCUUCUAUUGGCAUCCAUGAUUUAUCUUCUAACAUGUCACGUCAUAGGAUAAGACACUUUCCUUGAAGACUUUCUCUACUGAAUAUAAAGUAAAGAUUCUGGCAGGUUUUGGUUUAGUAGUUUAACUUUUGGUGAACCUUUCAGAUAAUGUUAAAUAGUAGUCCAUAAUAUAAUGUUAUUGUAUAAAUUGCUCCCUAAACUUGUGAGCAUGAUCACAUAAAGAGAUUCAGUGCUGCCUGGAAAAAAUUUAACUCAAUGUCAUAGAAACAUAAAAGAUUGUCCACAGAAAAAAAAACACCUGGUCCAUCUAGUCUGCCGUAAUUUUUACAAAUUUUUCAUCUUACUGUCUAUUAUAAAAUAAUCCUGUAGUUUGUACAGUCUUCUGUCUGGCCACUAGGCCCAAUAAUGAGAUGACACUUCCAGAUUUGUCUGUGAUAAGGUGGAGGCUGCUGAAAAGCGAUCUGUACAGCAUUAUAGUGAAAAGUGACACCUCAAGAUAGAGAAGACAAUAGAUAAAGCUCACAGCUCAGCCUCCCCUCCCUGUGGAGUGACCUUUUCUAAGGGAGUCACAGAGCAUGAUCAGUAAUGUUUCCCAUUCAUGUGAAUGGGAUAGCUUCUGUCUAUUGUUGCCUACGUCUAUGGAGCUUGCUGUAAAGCUUAUCUCUAAAUGCUGCUAAAACAGCUUAGACAAGAUGGUUGCCUCAUUAUUAUGUGCUACAAAUGAAAUUUGAAAAAAAUUGCUAUUAGGAAAAAAAGAAACCGUUUAGGAAAAAGAAAAUGUUUCAGUAGCGGGCUGUAAUAGGUGAAAAACAUAUCUAGGCAAUACAUUCUCUUUAAUUCUGUCCUUAGAAGUUCCAUUGUUUUUUUAGCCUGUCUUUUGACCUGUUUAUCCCUUUGGGGCUACGGUCCCCAGAACUGACCCCAGUAUUCUAGAUGUGAUCUAACUAGAGCUCUAUACAGUUGGACUACAAUAACCUCCCUCUUUCUAUUGUUUAUACCUCUAGCUAUACAGCUGCACUGGUGACUUAAAGGGGUAUUCUUCCCAUAGACAUCUUAUCUCCUAUCCACAGGAUAGGAGAUAAGAUGUCUGAUCGCGGGGGUCCAGAAACUGGAGCCAUAGAAUGCCGGGUGCUCCACAGAGAUUGUGGGGGGUCCCAGCGGUGGGACCCCAAUGAUCAGACAUCUUAUCCCCUAUCCUUUGGAUAGGGGAUAAGAUGUCUAUGGGUGGGAUACCCCUUUAAGGGCUGUCAGAGAUCACUCCCCCUAAAUCCAUCUCUUCUGAAGUCUUCACCAAUAUAGAACUUGCGGAUAUGAUACUCAGAUUCCUUCUCUCCAAGGGCAUUAUUUUACAUUUGGGAACUUUGAACUGCAGGUUCCAUUGAACAGUUUUCCACAGGCUGUAGACUUCCAUCUUCUGCAGUUAUAACCUGUCAAUAACCUGCCGAUAGGUUGCCCUGCAUGUUCUUAUUUUCUGAUACAUUAGUGUAAGAUUCUGGAGCUGCUGUUUGAGACAUGUGAUGAUUUAUAUGAUUUAUAUUUUUUUUUAGGAAAUGACUUUAAAGGAGAAUAUUCUUAUUAUGUGACAUCUGCUCAGAAUGUAAAUUAUUCAUAUGAUAUCUCAAUGUGAUCUGCUAGGAGCACAGAAAACAAUGUACAUUUACAGAGAUUGUGCCUUAUUCUGUUUUCAUUAUAACUACACAAAUUAACAAAAAUGUAGUCUUUCGUUAUGGACAUAAAUUAAUAUCUGGGAUCCAAACUGGGAUCAGAAUAAAUAUUAGGGCAUUUUUUUCCCCUCAAAUAUGUGUAUUUAUAUGUAUAGGUUAUCUAAAUGUUUGCUUUUAUCCACCUUAUAGUGUUGUAUGUACUUUUCAUAAGUAAAUCAAAAAAAGGAGAAUAUCGCUGUAGACAAAAGUAUUAAACACAAAAGUAUUCUUCAAAAAGUCUGAGAGGUAGACCUGAUGAUGUGACCGAUCUGGGGACAUGUGUUGUCCAUUUUCUGUGAUCAACUGAUGACAUCUUGAAGAAUGCCUGUGUGUGUGUGGCUCUUCUAUAUACAGCUAUUUUGGACUGCUAUAUCCUUUACCUUAAAGGGGUACUCCGCUGCUCAGCGUUUGGAACAAACUGUUCUGAACGCUGGAGCCAGCAUCGGGAGCUCGUGACAUCAUAGCCCCACCCCCUCAUGAUGUCACACACCGCCCCCUCAAUGCAAGUCUGUGGGAGGGGGCGUGACUACCGAAGGUCAUCAGUGAGCAGUUAGGAAAACACACUGAAGUGCCAAUAGGGUAAUUGCAGGUUGUAGGCGGUCCUGAAGAGAUCACACAUAAGUAUGUCAUAGUUAACAGUUUAAACUGAAUUCAUUGGGCAACGGGUAGCCAGUUACUGGUUUGGCAGAGAAGAGAGGUAGAUUAGUCAAGCAGCAGAGUUGAGGAUGAAUUGGAAAGUGUUUGAUGGAAGGCCACAGAGGAGGACGUUGCAGUUGUCCAAGUGGGAGAGGAUGGCAUGUACCAGUAGAUUAGUUGAGUCAAAGUUGAGGAAUGAGCAGAUUUGUGAAAUGUUUUUGAGUUAAAGGUUGCAGGACAUGCAUGGUAAGGGUCUGUAUGUGUGUUUGAAAGAGCGUAUAAUCAAAGGUGACCCCAAGGCAACGGGUUUGUGGUACAAGAGAGAGAGAGUGGAGCCAUUGACUGUGAUCGAUAGAUCAA